AUGAAAUAUAUAUUAUGUCUAGGGCUUGCCCUAGCUCUUGCACAGGGUGCGCCAACCAACCCAGAAGAAGGUGACCUGUUUGAAGGUGAUAUCCUUCUAGAGGAUGGCCAGGACUAUAAUGCUAUUAGGAACUCUCGAAAGAUGUGGCCCAAUGGCAUUAUUCCUUAUACCGUUAAAUCAGCAACCGCUAGUGAAAGGGCCACUCUAAAUGCAGCUAUUGCUGACUACAAUAAAUACACCUGUAUCCGAUGGGUACCCAGGACAAACCAAAUGGCCUACGUGAGCAUUGUCAAAGGAGCGGGGUGCUACUCUGUUGUUGGUACACUACGACACGUCCAAACGUUGAGCUUGGGUCAUGGCUGUUGGACCAAGGGUAUCAUUAUCCACGAGAUGAUGCACGCUGUUGGCUUCUUCCACGAACAAAGCAGAAGCGACAGAGACAACUAUGUGACUAUCAUGCUUCAGAACGUCAAAACAGGAAUGGAACACAACUUCAACAAGUACUCCUCGGGCCAAGUGAACGAUCUCCUUACCUAUGACUACGGAUCCGUGAUGCACUAUCAAGCCACUGCGUUCUCCAAAAACGGAGAGCAUACUAUCGUUCCAAAGACUUCUGGUGCCCGAAUAGGACAACGAGUAGGAUUCUCACAGUUGGACAUACAGAAAGUGAACAUGCUUUACAAAUGCAACGGUGGUGGUGGUGGUAUGACAACCCCCAAGCCUACCAUUAGGCCAACAACCCGUCGACUAACUACACCUGAAAACUGCCAGGAUAGGUACUCUAACUGCCAAUGGUUCAAAAGCAAUGGAUAUUGUGACCGUCCACAAGACGGAAACUACUAUAGGAGUAUCUGUCCUAAAUCAUGCGGCAUAUGUUGAUAGCGGUAGUGACUCAGGUGUACUCA